AUUUUCUUCGUCGUCCAUUGCGGAAGUGGCGAAGUGAAGUUGGUUUGUUUACAGUGGUUAUGUACAUCGAUAUGUUCCACGUGUAGUGUCUUAAAUCAGUUAAUGACUGAGAGUUCACAUUGUGUUGUUCUCAGUCAUCCCAGUCUUUCGAUAUUAAGCCCGUAAUGCACUAAACGCUUAGUAGCAGUCCGGUAUGAGGAACAGUUCGUCGGUGUCUCUGACGGGCGCUCGUGGCUCGGUUCGGCUCAGCAGCCCACCCGCAUGUCCGGGAACCGCUCCGGUGGACGCUGCCCUUGAAUAUUUAAUGGUAAAGAAAGACUUCCAGCGUGCUCUGGAUACCUGCGAGAAAGGGCUUGAGAGCUUGGGCUCUUUUGCAGAGCUGGAGGACAGUAGCUUCAAGCAUGCAGAACUGAAAGCAGCAUUGACUAUAGUGGGGAUCCAGGCAUUGGCGGAGCUCAAUCAGUGGCGUGGAGUUCUGUCAUGGGUUUUGCAGCAGUAUGGAGAAACAAAGAAAAUUCCUGCCAAGAUUAUCCAAAUGUGCAUUCUGCUCUAUGUGAAAGUGGAUGAGCGGGCCGUGAUGAAGGAUGCGGUCUGUGAUUGGCUGCACUGCUCUAGUAACGUGAGCCAGUCGGGGUUCAGCUCUGUAGCUGAGCUUUAUUUCCUUCAUGUCCUGGUGCCGUUGGGUCUGGUGGCCGAAGCUCUGGAGAUGCUGGAGACCGAUGUGGGUCUGGUGGCCUUCAACGAUGAACAGAGACAAGCAGCUCGUGGUUUGAUAGACAUUCAGAAUGAGAAAAAUACCACAUCAGCCACUUCCAAUCUUGAAUCUGUAGCUGCGACGGCAACAGCUACUGCUCCAAAACAAGAUAAACUGACUCAGCGGCUGACUUCCAUAAUGAGGUUGUUAUACCGAGGUCUUUCAGUAGCCAGUGUGAGAAUCAGAUUCAUCUCUCUGCGCAGAGUUUUUCUGGCUUUAAUAUUGCUGUACCUUCUUCUCAUCCGUAUAGACCCGGCUCUGCCCUCAGCUUUCCCAUGGCUGCUCCGCCUGCAUGGACUCCUUCAGCAGACCUGGAACACCAUGUUUGGACCUUAUUACAGAACCAACACACGGAGUUAGAGCUUUAAUUGAGUUAUCCUGGAAAUAACUGUGAAACAACGUUGCCGUCCCUAAUUUGCAAUGCUUAUUAAAUCUUGUGUUUGCCAUUGAUGCAUUUACUUACAUUAUAGAUAAAUAAACUACUGAAUUAUAUCAAACUACUGAUAGUCUAUUUAAAAUAGAUGGUAUCGUGGAAAGAAGUAUUUCAUGCAGAUCAAAUGUAAUUUUAUUAUAAUAAAUGUGUAAAUAUGUUUUUGAAUGUA